ACAACUCUAAUCUAUUCUAAUCUAAUCUACAAGAAGAAAAAAAUUUAAAAAGAAGAAGAAACAAAAAGUUAAACGAUGACAAAAUCUACCAUCAUACUUAUUUCAGCUCUUUGCUUUGUAUCCCUCUUCUAUUUAGCAUCUUCCAAAGAUCAAUUCUUCGUCGAAGGCAAAGUAUAUUGUGACACUUGUCGUGUCCAAUUCUUCACCAAAGUCAGUAAAUUCCUUAAAGGUGCCACUGUGAAAUUGGAAUGUAAAGAAAUCGAAGGUGGAAGCGUGACAUUGAACAAAGAAGCAGUGACAGACAAAUCAGGAAAAUAUAGUAUUGAAGCGGACGGAGAUCAUGAAGAAGAGGUUUGUGAAGUUUCUUUGGUGAAGAGUGUUGAUCCAGAUUGCGAUGAGAUAUCUAAGGAAGGGUAUGGACAUACUUCCAGAGUCACCAUCACCAACAACAGUGGAAUCACCAAUCCUGUUCGCCUUGCCAAUCCUCUCGCCUUCUUGAAGAAAGAGAAGCUUCCAGAAUGUAAGGAAGUUCUUAGAGAGCUCGGAUUUGACGAAGAGGGCCUCCCUGUUUAAACUACCCCUCUCUUUUACUUAGCUUUUUCUUUUUGUUCAUUCACAUCAAUAAUUUUGUCGAACUCAUUCUUUUCUUUUUUAUAUCAAGUUAAAUAAUAUUCUCUUCCUCUAUAUUUAUCUACUAAA